UCAAUGGAGAGAUCAAGUCAGUCAGUCCAGCUGCAUCUGCAGGCACCAGGUUCUGUAAGAGACCCUAUCUCAAAAUACAAGGGGAAGAAUUGAAGCAGGCACUUAGUGUGACCUCCGGCCUCCACAUGCAUGCACACAAAUACACACUCCCCUCCCCGCCAUACCAAUGGGUUAAGGAUUUAACUCAGGGGUCGCUGGCCUGAGGAGCAGCCCACGGACACACAGCACAGGACAGUGUUGGUGAGGAUGUGUGAGAACUGGAACUUGCGCCGCUGGAAGGUUUAAGAUGUACAGCCGCUUUGGAAAGUUCUUCAAAGCAUUAAGAUUAGAGCUGCAUGGGAGUGGGGCCUUCCAAUUUUCUAUCCAUGUCUCCCUCUUGACUGUUAUUGGCCAAGAACACGAACGGGCUGUGAGGGAGUCAGCCAGCCUUCCCUCUUUCCCGUACUCUUUUCCUCUUCCCUUUCCGCUCUCCAUCCUCUCUUCUCUUUCCUUGCUGUCUUUUAUUUGUGACAGUUUUAACUCAAAAUCAGCCCUCUAAUGAAAACAGAGUGUGUGCAUAUACAUGAACAAUAUACAAACUUUUAUAGUAAAAGAUGAAUGCCCCUUUCACGUCAGAUGCCCAGGACCUUUUUUCCCUUAUUAGUAACUGUAAAGUCCUUGGGAUGGUGCUGGGAUGCCACCCUCUUCCAGUGCUCCUCUGUCUUCCUUCCCAUGUGACUUCAUUUCUUGAGCAUCACCUCUGGGAGAGGCAUGUGGUCCUGACUGCAGGCCGCGUCCUGCUGACUUAGCAUCCUAAGAUCUUACCUUGGCCACAGCCACAGCCACUAAGCCUGCCACACCCUGUGUCCAGCAAGGCCUCUGUGUCAUGCAGGGCCAGUGACUGCAGGUUUGGUUGCCGACUUACAGUUGUGGUCCUGAUUUGAUUUCUGUUGCUGUGACGGAUGCCAUGAGCAGAAGCAACUUGGGGAGGAGAGGGUGGACUUGGUUUACAGGUUGCCGUCCAUCCUCAAGAGAAGCCAAUGCCGGAGCUCAAGGCGUGGGCUUGAAACAGUAGGUAUGGAGAAACGCUGCUGACUGCCAUGUUUUCCGUGGCGCUCUGGCUACCUUUCUUAUACAGCCCAGGCUCAAUGGGAUGGGCCUUUCCCCAUCAAUCAUUUAUCAAGAGCGUGACCCAGAAACAUACCCACAUGUCUAUCUGAUGGAGGUGAUUCUUUGGUUGACAUUCCCUCUUCCCAGGUGACUGGAGUGUGUGCCACGUUGACAAAAAGGAACCGGCACAGCUGACAAGGACUGAACAAGCCCAUUGGGAUGGUUUUUACAUCACUUGGAACCACAGCUUCUGAGUUACCAUCACACAUAGCAAACAUCUAAGUCUUUGCUUAGAAGAACCCAGAUUGGCCAUUGCCAGGUGCAUUCUAGGAGCUGUAAAUCAAUGUGGCGGCGCCACUAAGAAGACUACAUUUUCCAGGAAUCCCUGUGCGCAGUGGGGGAUGGAGUGUGUUAACACACGGCUCUGUGAGUGUGCUCCGGAGUUUGAACUGCUGCUUCAGAGUUUGAGCUUCUGGUGCGGCCCCAUCUGUGCGCUGCCCAAGGCCAAGGGAAAGACUAGGAGGCAGAAGUUUGGUUACAGUGUCAACCGAAAGCGUCUGAACCAGAAUGCUGGUUGGAAGGCAGCUCCAUGGAUUGAGUGCUCCCACAUCCGACAUGCCUGGGACCACACCAAAUCCGUGUGGCAGAACCUGGCGGAGAUAGGGUUGGCCAUGGACCCCAACAAGGCGGCUCCCCUUCGUAAGAGGAAGGUAAAGGCCAUGGAGGUAGACUGGGGGGAGAGACCCAAGGAUCUUGUGCGGAAGCCCUGUGUGGUAAAUGAGCCGGAGGCAGAAGCCAGCCUCCCAGAGAAGAAAGGAAAUACCUUGUCUGGGGACCUCAUUGAAUAUGUUCAUUACAUGGUGGAAAAUCAUGGGGAAGAUUAUAAGGCUAUGGCCUGGGAUGAGAAGAAUUAUUAUCAAGAUACCCCAAUACAGAUUUGGAAUAAGGUCAAUGUCUAUAAGCGCUUUUACCCAACAGAGUGGCAAGCCUUCAUCGAUUCUUUGCAGAAGAAGAUGGAGGUUGACUGAGUGGUGUAUGCCCCCCAGACUUAGGUCUACUGGACCAAAGAAACCAAAGCCAGGUUUUAAGGAGUGUAUAGUUUCAGAUGAUGCUGGCAAAGUCCUAUAUUAUCAGGUUUCUCUCUCUCUCUUUCACGAGAAGGAACUUUUUUUUUUUUUUUGAGAGAGAGAGAGUGCGUCAGUCUUUCUAAUAGUCCUAGAUGUCCUGGAACUCGGCUUUGUAGCCCAGGCUGGCCUCAAACCCACAGAGAUCCUCCUGCUUCUGCCCCAAGUGCCGGGAUUAAAGGGGAAGGCGUGUGCUCCCCCACCUGGCUGGAGAAGGAACUCUUUAGAAGCCAUGGUUUAUACUUUCUUGGGGGGCUCACAGAAAAGCCAGGGCUUGCUGUUCAGUGUCCAGAGGUGAUGCUUUAUUUGAUCUACAUGUACAUGAUAAAAGCAUUUUACCUGUGCAAUGGGGUUUUGGUUGUUGUUUUGAGUCGGGGUUUCUCUGUGUAGCCCUGGCUGGGAUUAAAGGCAUGUGCUACUACUAAAAAAAAAAAAAAAAAAAGACCCAGAUUUUCAAGACCCUAUGCUUAGUGGUUACUGCUGGCCUUCCUUGGGUGUGUAUUUCUGAGUAGAUCAACAUAUCCCAGAGCUCCACCGUGCUUCAUCUUGGCAGGGUCUCAGCCUGCACGUGCGUAUCUGAUAAUUCCAUAUGUUCGCUUUGCUCCGAUUUAGCUCCCGUUUUAGAAACACACAGUUUGUGUGUGAUUGUUCCCUGCUGUUGAUGAGCAGCAUGGCAGUUAUUGUCACCUGGUGUCACGUGUGUGACACUUCCCGUUUUAGAGACACAAUGGGAAGGGCCUCUUCUUGUAGUCUGCAUCCUCAUGAGGCCCCGAAGGCUUGGCUGUGACUUCUCACUUAAACUGUACUGGAACUUCUGAGGUACCUUACAUGUCUCGUAAUUUACAGAGUUCUUUUUAAUAAAGUUAAUCUUACAUACAGUCUCCUGAGGGGGUGAGAUUGGGUCAGGUCUUUGAUUCUGCGCACAGGAAAAGGGAGGCUUGGCCCUUCCAUGAGUUAAAGAGUCUGACCUGAGUGGGCCUAAGACCUGGAGUCUCAGCAUUUGGACUUUGCAGUGGGCUUUAUGGUGCUUCCUUCCUGUCACAUCUUCUUAUGUGAUGUGACAGUGGCUGCUCCCUGUCCGACCAUGGUUCCCAAAGACCCACCGUAGCUCUUGCUGGAUCACAUGUUUACCGUUCAUAAAGGUGGAUCCAAGGGCUCGUUGUGUUAGUCAGGUAUCUCCAGAGAAACAGGGCUGAUAGAAUGUUUAUCUGUGCUGUAGAUUUGUGUUCCACACCUGGUUCGAGCACCUGGGGAGGUUGAGAUUGUUAGGGCAGGUGAGCAAGCUCAGGACCCACGGGAGACUCCAUACUGCGCUCAAGUGUGGCAGGCAGCUGGAGCUGGUGUUCCUUCUUCCUCUGGGACUCUGUCUUUUUCUCCUAAGGAUAUCCACUGGUUGGGUGUAGCCCACACCCAUGAUGGAAUGCAAUCUGCUUUACUCAAGCUUAUUUAUUUAAAUGUUACCAUGGAGAAAACACUUGUGUAGUGACAUUGAGAUUUGGCUACACUGGCCUCGAACCACCUUGCCACACAGGUAUGUAACAUAUAUAAUCAGUUUUGCUAACUCUAGACAUUGUUCAAAGAUGGAAUCUUUACAAAAAAGUUCUUUCUUUUUAAAAGUAUCAAGGAAACUUUAUUGUGGAGGUUCAAAAAAAGAUUUUAUUUUUAUUUUAAGUGUAUGAUUGCCUGCAUGCAUGCCUGAUGCCUGUGGAGGCCAGAAGAGGGCAUCAGAUCCCUUGGAACUGGAGUUACAGAUGGUUGUGAGCCGCCAUGUGGGAGCUGGGAACCGAACCCGGGUCCUCUGCAAGAUCAGCCGGUGCUCUUAACUGCUGAGCCAUAACUCCACUGCUCACAGGGAGCCUUCUAAUGUCUGAUAAAGAUGAGAUGUUUAUAUACUUUCUACAUCUGUUAAUGACGUAAUAGUGAUGAUCUGGAGCCUCCAUUCAUGUUCCCUCCAAACAGUACUUAGUGAGGUAACACUUGGCCUCCUCUCUACAAAUGAACAAACGAACCGUAUCAAUUCUCAGGAAACUUCACAGCUCUUCAGGGACUUAAGGGCAUGCUGCUCUCUCGAAGGUUCUUUGAUUAGGAAGUGCCGAGGUUUUAACUUUUAGAUAGUUUUGUGUCAGUGCUUUAAGUGGUACUUAGUUCAAGAGCUUACCGUACUCUUCUGUACCUUUCUUCAACUCUCCAGAUGUUUCAUGACUGACGUCACAAGCCUGGGCCUGUGACUCAGAAAUAAUCACCAUCCUAGAAUAAUAGUUCACAAGUUUUCCAGUCACAUCAUGUUUUGGUCAUUGGAAGGAUAGUCUUCCUGGGAAGAAUUUUAUAUAAGCUGAAUUGAUUAAGAAUAGGAGCAAAUUUCCUUUGGCCCGAAUGUGCUGAAUGCGAGGCUACCCUGAGUACUGGUGUCGCGGCCUGGGAGUCAAGGCAGAGCGAGCAGUUCAUACAUGAGUGCCAUGCCUCAUUAGCUGGGGCACAGGGCCCCCCACAAGGCAUGCCAGGUACUCUAGUUAACCAUGGAAGAGUAAUUAGAUGACUUUAGUUAUUUUUUACCUAAUCCAGUCUUAGGCAAGAAUUAGUGUCGGAGUCAACAGCAGGAGCAUGGCCGGUCACCGCAGUGAGCGUCAGAAACAUGAAGUUUAACUCCUCCAUCAUCGACAAGUCGCACACUAAGCGUGACCACUGUGUUAGCAUCUUGUGUACAGCCUUCUCCUGUUUCAAACGUGAAGGUGUAAAGUAACAGUACGAUGGGGCUGGAGAGAUGGCUCAGUGGUUAAGGGCACUGGCUGCUCUUCCAGAGGACCUGGGUUCGGUUCAGCUGGUGUCGUGAUGGAAGAUGUCUGAUAGAAUCAGGGAGACUUACAGAGAGAUGAGGGAGGGGAGAUUGAGGCCUAAGGACUGGGGAAGUAACAUUCUUGGACAGAGCAGUUCCGGGGGCUCUGAUGUCUCUUCUGUCUUCUGUGGUGCACGUACAUGCAGUCAAAAAUAUUCACCCAUAUAAAUAAAUCUAAAGUCACAGUGCAGUGGUGAAUAAUUGGGCUUCCUAGAUAGAUCCCAUCCCACUGUUACCCCAUAGUCUUGCUGAUGAAAAGACAAAGGAGAACUGCCCUGUCUUCAAAACCCUUGAUUUACCUCAAUGGAAGGAUUCCAUCAUCACUGUCUGUAACUGUCACGGUCAUCAUCAUCAUCAUCAUCAUUAUCGUCAUGCAAAAGCCUCCAUCGUGUUUUUGAUCAGUCUUCAAGUUUCUCCACAGAAGCACUGUUCUGAUGUUUCCUUCAGGCCUUAGGAAUCGGGGGAGUGGUCAGAGCCUGCUGGGAUGCCUCCCUGAUUUGUGCCUGGGGAGGUGGCUUUGCAGUUUAGAGGACUUGCUGCUCUUCUAGAGGACCCAAGUUUAGAUCCCAGGACCCAUGUCAGGCAGUUCACAGCGGCCUUCAAUUCAGCCCCAGGGACCUGAGCCCCUCUUCCCUCUUCCGGUCUCCAUAGGCACCUGUACACACAUGGUCUACACUCACACAGACACAUACAUGAAAAUCAAACCAAAGUUUAAGUUGUUUUUUAAGAGAUUGAUGUAAGGUGUCAGGAUCCUGGUUUAAGACUGUCGAACGGUUUCCAUGACAUUCUCCUCAACUGUCCAUGUCACAGCAUGCUCCUGCCCCCUAAUGACAUCAGCACAGGCAAAACAGUAACCCAGCACAACUUCCAGCACCCCGAGUCUGUCUCUUACCCUGACCUGUGG